AAACACAACUUGAAAAUGAACAACCAAAACCGUUUGGGUUUUUCUCUCUCCGUAUGUAUAUCCUUUCUCCUCCUGCUGCAGCCCUUUGCCGGCGGCGCAACCGCAACGUUGCCGCGUAUAAUUUCUUUCCAAAAAGGCUUCACUCAACUGUUCGGCGGCGACACGAAUCUCCUUCGCUCCGGUGAUGAUAAUACCGUUCAUCUCCACCUCAAUCAAUACACAGGGGCUGGAUUUCGAUCUUCAGACAUGUACAACCAUGGAUUAUUCAGUGCUAGAAUCAAACUACCAUCGGAAUACACUGCCGGAAUUGUUGUAGCAUUUUAUACUUCAAACGGAGACGUGUUCGAGAAGACGCACGACGAACUGGACUUCGAGUUCUUGGGGAAUAUUAAAGGAAAGCCAUGGAGGUUUCAGACUAACUUGUAUGGUAACGGAAGCACCAGUAGAGGUAGAGAAGAAAGAUAUACUUUAUGGUUUGACCCUUCAAAAGCCUACCAUCGUUAUACAAUUCUAUGGACCUCCUCAAAAAUCAUAUUUUCUAUAGAUAAUAUUCCUAUAAGAGAGAUACAACGAACCGAUGAAAUGGGUGCUGAUUUUCCUUCAAAACCAAUGUCACUUUACGCCACCAUAUGGGAUGCUUCAAAUUGGGCUACAAACGGUGGCAAAUACAAAGUAAAUUACAAAUAUGCCCCUUUUGUCACCGAGAUGACUGACCUCGUACUUCAUGGUUGUACUUCAAACCCAAUUCAACAACUUUCAACUGACAAUAACAAUAACAAUUGUGUUGAAAUGGACAAACAACUAGAAACUAUUCAUUACAACAACAUUACACCUAAACAAAGGGCCGCAAUGAAAAGGUUUAGAGAAAAGUACAUGUAUUAUUCGUAUUGUUACGAUACUUUGAGGUACCCGGUUCCUCCACCGGAAUGUGUGAUUGAUCCGGUGCUACGACAACGGUUUAAAGAGACUGGGAGACCGAAUUUUGAUCGGCGACAUCGUAGGCAUUCGAGGAAAAGAAGUCAUGUUUUGACUUUUGAGCAGUCAGAUAUACGAAAUUCAAGAUGAAGAUUAAGUAAGUAUAUAGGGAGAUUGAUUGUGUAUAAUACGAAUUGUUUUUUUUUUUUUUUUUUUUUUUUUGUUAUAUGGAUGAAUUGUUUGAAUUUUUCAUUGUAUUUAAUAAUAUUGGUAAUGUAUACAUAUUAGAUUUAUGGGAAUAAAAUGAUACAUGCUAGAUUAUA